UUGGUAACCAUGACCGCUGACCGCCAUUAAUCGCUGUCACGCCUGUUGAUCAAUGGCGGCCACUGGGGCAGUUAUGUCUGCUUUCUUCUCUGUUUUUGCAUGAAGCGGUUCAGAAAUUUGUCUAUGGAAGGUGUAGGUCUUGCUCUUCGGAGUGUCAUUGCCCGGGUUAAAGCUGCGACGGCUAAGCGGUCAAGUGAUCUUCCUAAAACCACCCCUCGUCUUGUUGCUGUCAGCAAGUUAAAGCCAGCAGAUUGCAUAAUUGAAGCUUAUGAGCAUGGUCAACGACAUUUUGGAGAAAACUAUGUGAGUGAGUUUUUUUUGUCAAGUACUGGCAGCUUAAGCCACCACACUAAUGUGUGUAAAAGUGGAUGUUCAAGUGAUCAUUGUGUAGAGCUUGUGGAACACAUUAUCUCGCACUGUCCUCAUUUAAAGUNAAUAACUUUGUGUUUUUUUGCAGGUAAGAGUGGAUGUUCAAGUGAUCAUUGUGUAGAGCUUGUGGAACACAUUAUCUCGCACUGUCCUCAUUUAAAGUUUUCAGGACUAAUGACUAUUGGUGAAAUGAAUUACGACUGGAGUCAAGGGGCAAAUCCUGAUUUUAUUUGUUUAGUAGAAUGCCGGAAAAACGUUUGUGAAAAACUAGGCCUUAGUCCAGAAGAUGUAGAAUUGAGCAUGGGAAUGUCAAAUGAUUUUGACAAAGCGAUUUUAAUGGGCAGUACAAAUGUACGAGUAGGCAGUACCAUAUUUGGUGCAAGGCAACCUAAACAGCCAAGCAAUGCCUCCACAGUGCAGGGAGCUACUCAGCCUACCCCCCAGGAACCAAAGUCGACACCUGAUGUAUCACAACUCAACAUUAGCAAGGAUAUGUUACAAAACUUGAACAUAGACAAUGAAGUCAAAACCAAAAGAUGUACACAUUCUGCGCACAGCAAUGCAACAUAGCGAUAGAAAUUAUUUUGUGGAAUUUGCUGGCGUUGAUACCAGGGGUUCUGCUAUAAACUGCAGCCAGGUCGUGCGACACUUCAACUCAAAGUCUACCAUACUCUGCUCCUUUAGAAUCAUUUUUACCAGUGAUUUUUUUUAAGGGCACAAUGGUAAAAGUAAAAGAAAGCGAAGGACAUAAAAAUAAUUAAAAUGGUUAACAAAAUUGAAAGUAGCAGUAGUAAUAAUAAAUCGUUAUUGAUAAGUCACAAAACUAAAUGUGAAUUUGAGGAUGCUAAGUUUUAGAUUGUGUUUUAAAAUCUAAAUAUCAUUCUUUGCUUAACACAGGGUUCGUAUGGGUCCUGGAAAACCUGAAAAGUCCUGGAGUUUUGUUGUGGUGUUUUCCAGGAUUGGAAAGCCCUGGAAAAAGGCUUCUGGUCCUGCAUAGGUCUGGAAAUCUAUUGAAAUUCACCAAAUUCUCAGACCAAAGAAAAUUAUCUGAACUAACAUUACAAGAAUUGAAUGGCAGACAGUAAGGGCAAUUAAUAGUGGGAGUGAAAGGGAUUUAUGUUAAUAGUUUUUAAAAUUAUUAACAGAAAUUUGAAAACGCAACAGUCACCGGUCGUUUUGGAUUCGUUUGAGCAAAACGCAGACAGGGAAAUUACGUGAUUAUCGUAACGUCUUUGUUUUGGUAGAGCUCCGUUUUUAAAAUGUGUUCUACCCAUACUAAAACGCAAAG